AUGGUCCCAGAUGAAUCCAUGCAGUAUUCAGGAAUAGUACAGUUACUUCAACAUUUUGGAUGGACAUGGGUUGGACUCUUUAUCGUGGAUGACAACAGUGGAGAACAGUUCGUGCAUGCCCUGGAGUCUCUCUUUUCUCAGGCUGGAAUUUGUUCGGCCUUCACAGAAAGAAUCCCACAACAAGGCCAUGCAGAUGACCUUAUAGAAAUGAAUGAUAUAAUCAGAAGUAUUUAUGUAUGUUUCACAAAUUAUUCAACCAACGUAUUUAUCUUUUAUGGAGAAUCUUUGAGUUUUACAUUGUUGAGGACAAUGAUGUUUUUGAAAGAUCCUGUAGAUAGGAAAACAUCAUUUGGAAAGGUGUGGAUUACAACAGCCCAGAUUGAUUUCAUUUCAUCGGGUCUCCAGAGGAACUGGGAUUUUUGGAUGUUUGAAGGUGCCAUUUCCUUCACAGUGCACUCAAAAGAACUUCCAGGGUUCAAGGAUUAUCUUCAGAGCAUAAAACCCAACUGGAACCAAGGGGAUCAUUUUCUGAAAGAUACCUGGGAACAAGUUUUCGACUGCUUCCUUCCAGAUCCUAGAGUGCCCAUUAAAGACCAUGAAAUAUGUACUGGACAGGAGAGACUAGAGAACCUUCCUGCAGGUCUCUUUACAAUGCACAUGACUGGACACAGCUACAGUAUUUAUAAUGCAGUCUAUGCCCUGACACAUGCUUUGCACGCCAUGCAUUCAUUGUAUCCCAAGCACAGAACAAUCAGAAAAGGUAACACUGUUCAGCUCCAGUAUCUUCAGCCAUGGCAGCUCCAUCACUUUCUUGAUGGCAUUUUGUUUAACAACUCAGCUAAAGAAACACUGUCCUUUGGUGGCAAAAGACAAAUAGUGGGUGGAUUCGACAUUGUGAAUAUGGUCAUUUCUCCAAACAACUCUUUUCAGUUAGUGAAGAUUGGAAGGGUGGAUCCGAAUGCUCCAAAAAGGAAAGCAUUAGUAAUGAAUGAGAGCAUGAUUGUAUGGCACAGUCACUUUACACAGGUGCCCCCAGCUUCUCUAUGCAAUGAAUGCUGCCAUCCUGGGAAUCAGAAGAAAAAGAAGGAAGGGGAGAAGUUUUGUUGCUACACUUGUGUCCUGUGCCCAGAAGGGAAGAUUGCAAACCAGACAGAUAUGGCCAACUGUUUCCAAUGUCCAGAAGAUCGGUAUCCAAACAGGAAUAGAAAUCACUGUAUACCAAAAGCAAUAAAUUUUCUAUCAUAUGAGGAACCCUUAGGAAUCACAUUAGCCUCACUUGCUGUCUCAUACUCCCUCAUCAUUGUCCUGGUGCUUGGCAUUUUUCUUAUGCACAACAAUACUCCAAUAGUCAGAGCCAACAACCAGGAACUCACCUACAUGCUCCUCUUCUUGCUCCUGCUCUGCUUCCUCUCUUCUUUGCUCUUCCUCAGACAGCCUGGGAAAGUAAACUGCCUCCUCCGACAACCCACCUUCGCCAUUGUUUUCUCUAUGGCCAUUUCUUGUGUGUUGGCAAAGACGACCCUAGUUUCUCUUGCCUUCAGAGCCACAAAACCAGGAUCAAGGCUGAAAAAUUGGGUGGGGAAAGGACUAUCUCAUUCCAUAGCCUUUUCCUGCUCCCUUAUCCAACUCUUCAUUUGCACCAUGUGGCUCACAUCAACUCCCCCUUUCCCGGAUUUAGAUAUGCACUCGGUCACUGAAGAAAUAAAUUUUCAAUGUAACGAGGGGUCAGUCACCAUGUUUUACUGUGUCCUGGGCUACAUGGGCCUGCUGGCUCUUUCCAGCUUCGUUGUGGCUUUCUUAGCUCGCAAGUUACCUGAUAGCUUUAAUGAAUCCAAGUUUGUAACAUUUAGCAUGCUGGUCUUUUGCAGUGUGUGGCUUUCCUUUGUUCCAACUUAUCUGAGUACAAGAGGCAAAGCCAUGGUGGCUGUGGAGAUCUUUGCCAUCUUAUUCUCAGGUGCAGGGUUGCUAUUUUGCAUCUUUUGCCCUAAAUGCUACAUCAUUGUGUGGAGACCAGAUCUGAACUGCAGAGAACAGCUCAUCAAGAGGAAGCAUUAA